AUGAAUCAUUCUUGCAUGAGUUCUGAUUUAGUUGCUGUUUUGAUUGUUGAAGGUGUUCGUGAUAAUCCAUUGACACGUCCAGUUCAUGUUGUUUGGGAUUUUAAGUUGGGGUAUGGGUUGAGAUUAAGAUGGUAUGUGGAUGUUGCAAAGAGUUGUAAUCUAGGGAGUUACAUUGAGUUUGAGUGUGUCAAUGAUACUAAACGGUUUAAGAGAUUAUUUGUUUCUUUUCAUGGUUCCAUUAGUGGAUUUGAUUAUUGUCGACCUCUCUUAUUCCUUGAUGGCACAUUUUUAAAAGGAAGAUUUAGAGAAAAUUUACUUGCUGCUACAGGAAAAGAUGGAAAUCAAGGGUUCUUUCCUGUUUGUUUUGCAGUUGUUGGCUCAGAGAAUCAAGAUAACUGGCGUUGGUUUUUGGAGCAUUUGAGUAGAAUUGUUUCACCAGAACGAAAUAUUACAUUUGUGUCAGAUCGUAACCUUGGAUUAGUUGAAAUGUUGCCAAAGGUUUUCCCAAUGGCUUUCCAUGCUUAUUGUUUAUAUCAUUUGAAGAUGAACUUGAGGCAUCAUUUGCGUGGUAUGUUUCAUGGAUUGAAAAAAAAGCUGAUCACACUAUUUGGGAAAUGUGCAUAUGCUCCAACUGAAGAAACAUUUCAUUAA